AUGGACCAAGGUCAAGGAGAUUUGAACUGGCGCUUGAGCGCACACCCAAUCACUCUACUUGUCUUCUUAGGCAUCCGCAUCGGCUCCUUGCUGAUGUACCUCUUUGGUCUCCUCUUUAUCGAUAACUUUGUUCUCGUCUUCAUCUUGACCCUACUCCUCCUUUCUGCCGACUUCUAUUACCUCAAGAAUAUUGCUGGGCGUCGACUGGUUGGUCUGCGAUGGUGGAACGAAGUCAACACAACCUCCGGUGACUCGCACUGGGUCUUUGAAUCAUCCGACCCCAAUGUUCGUACGGUUACUGCUACCGACAAGCGAUUCUUCUGGUUGAGUCUGUAUGUUACACCGGCUCUGUGGAUUGGACUCGCUGUUCUGGCCAUUGUGAGAUUUAUCGGUGUUAUCUGGCUGAGCUUAGUCGGAAUUGCCCUCAUCUUGACAAUUACAAAUACCGUCGCUUUCUCUCGAUGUGACAAGUUUAGCCAGGCUUCGACCUUCGCUAAUAGCGCACUCGGGGGUGGUAUUAUAAACAACUUGGCUGGUGGCCUGCUGGGCAGGUUCUUCCGUUGA